UGGCUGGGCGGGGGAAGGAGGGAGGGAGGCAGGCGCUGUCCAGGGUGCUGAAUCCAGCCCCGCCCGGCCCCUGAGAGGAGGGAGGCCCUCCAAGCCCAGCCCAGCCCAGCCAUUGGCAGCCCCGCAGCCCCCCGAGGAAGGGCUUUUUCCAGGCGACGACGAUGAGGAGGAGCUGAGAAAUGCAGAGCUGGCAAGACUCACGCCUCACACAGACCCACAAACACACACAGACACACAGAGAGGGAUGCUGAGCCAAAGCAGCACCGCUUGACCUGACAGCCUCCAGCCCCAAAACCCUGGUUGCCUUUGGCAUCAACAACAUCAUCAUCAUCAUCCUUCUUCUUCUUCUACUCAGUCCCUUGGCUGGGGUCCCUUGUCCGAAAGAGCCAUGAAGGCAGCCCCUGCUCCUCCCUGGAAGACCGCUGGCCUCUUCUUGGUGGGGCUCCUCCGCUUGGCCUCAGCCUCCCAAAGAGCUCCCUACACCAACCAUUUCUUGGUGGAGUUGCGCCGAGGGGCAGGAGAAGCCCAAGCCCAGCAAGUGGCAGACGCCUAUGGCUUCCAUGGGGUCAGGAAGCUUCCCUUUGUAGAAGAUGGAUACCAUUUUUUUCAUAAUGGCAUGGCCAAAGGCCGGACACGGCGCAGUCUUCAGCACCAGCUUCGCUUAGAAAAAGAUCCCAGGGUAAAGAAAGCUGUGCAGCAAGUAGGCUUUGGGAGGAAGAAGAGAGGAUACAGAGAUAUCAAUGAAAUUGACAUCAACAUGAAUGAUCCUUUGUUUACAAAACAGUGGUACUUGAUCAACACUGGGCAAGCAGAUGGGACUCCUGGACUCGAUUUGAAUGUGGCAGAAGCCUGGGAGUUGGGUUACACGGGAAAAGGAGUGACUAUAGGAAUUAUGGAUGAUGGGAUUGAUUAUCUUCAUCCAGAUCUGGCCUCAAACUAUAAUGCACAAGCCAGCUAUGAUUUCAGCAGUAAUGACCCAUUUCCAUACCCCCGCUAUACAGAUGAUUGGUUUAACAGUCAUGGAACCAGAUGUGCUGGUGAAGUAUCUGCUGCAGCAAACAACAACAUUUGUGGAGUUGGAGUGGCAUAUAAUUCCAAGGUGGCAGGUAUUCGAAUGCUGGAUCAGCCCUUUAUGACUGACAUUAUAGAGGCUUCCUCUAUCAGCCACAUGCCACAAGUAAUAGAUAUCUACAGUGCAAGCUGGGGCCCCACUGAUAACGGUAAGACUGUGGAUGGACCGAGAGAGCUCACCUUACAAGCCAUGGCAGAUGGAGUCAAUAAGGGUCGUGGUGGCAAGGGAAGCAUCUAUGUGUGGGCCUCAGGAGAUGGAGGAAGCUACGAUGACUGUAACUGUGAUGGCUACGCAUCAAGCAUGUGGACCAUUUCCAUCAAUUCAGCUAUUAAUGAUGGCCGGACAGCUUUGUAUGAUGAAAGCUGUUCGUCAACCUUAGCCUCUACUUUUAGCAAUGGAAGGAAGAGAAAUCCUGAAGCUGGUGUGGCUACAACAGAUUUAUAUGGCAACUGUACAUUACGCCACUCGGGAACAUCUGCAGCUGCACCAGAGGCUGCAGGAGUGUUUGCACUGGCGCUGGAGGCAAAUGGGGAUCUGACAUGGAGAGACAUGCAACAUUUGACAGUGCUUACCUCCAAAAGGAACCAGCUUCAUGAUGAAGUUCACCAGUGGCGAAGAAAUGGUGUCGGCCUAGAAUUCAACCACUUGUUUGGCUAUGGUGUCCUUGAUGCUGGGGCAAUGGUUACAAUGGCUAAAGACUGGAAGACUGUUCCAGAGAGGUUUCACUGUGUCGGUGGAUCAAUACAAGAGGCCCAGAAAAUACCUUCAAGUGGCAAGUUGGUUUUGACUCUUACCACAGACGCUUGUGAGGGGAAGGAGAACUUUGUGCGUUACCUCGAACAUGUGCAGGCAGUUAUCACUGUGAACUCUACCAGGAGAGGAGACUUGAAUAUCAACAUGACAUCACCAAUGGGAACUAAAUCCAUUUUACUGAGUAGGCGACCAAGAGAUGACGACUCCAAGGUGGGCUUUGACAAAUGGCCUUUCAUGACAACACAUUCUUGGGGAGAAGACCCCAGAGGUACUUGGGUUCUGGAAGUUGGGUUUGUUGGCAUCCUGCCUCAGAAGGGAGUCCUCAAGGAGUGGACAUUAAUGCUACAUGGGACUCAAAGUGCACCCUACAUAGACCAAAUAGUAAAAGAUUAUCAGUCUAAAUUGGCCAUGUCCAAGAAGGAGGAGUUGGAAGAAGAAUUAGAUGAAGCAGUAGAGAGAAGUCUCAAGAGUAUAUUGAGCAAGAACUAGUGCUGCUUUGCAUGCCAGGUGACCUCCUUUCCCUGUUUGCUUUCCUGAACAUUUCCAUUAGGCAUAUUCCAGUUAUUGGGCCAAACCCAUUACUAGAUUUGCAAGAGUAGACUCACUGAAAUUUAUAGGACUAAAGUUAAUUGCUGACUAACAAGUCUCAUUCGUUACAGUGAGUCUAUCCUAGGUAGGAUUAGCACUGGAUUUAGCCCAAUGUCUGUAGUUCAUUAUCCUAACUUUCUGAUUUUAUGAUUGUCUACAGUGAAAACUUUUGACUUCUGAGCCACAAAUAUAUUAUUAUGAACCAACUACUUUGUUAGAGUGUAUGACUGUAACUAUCUUCCUACGGAGUUGGGAUGUUCAUUGGAGGGUUUCGCUUUGCUUUGCUUUGCUUUUUGUUUGGUGUCAUACAAAAAGUAACAACCAACAAAGUUUUGAAUGCAUUCUUCCUCCUAUUUUUUUUCUUCAUUUUACAUUUUACAGGUGAAUGUUCACACUGGCCAUUCAGAUUUGCUGAAAUACUGCCAAGUUACAAUGGUGGAAGCAAAACUCGAUGUCACAGGGCUAAACUAUACAUUACACUCUUUAUGCUCUCUGUCUUAAACAUUUACAUUUGCCAUUUUUAUUCAGAAGUUUCCUACUCCAAAUCUCUCACAUAUUUCUAACCCUUUUGAUGCUGUUUAUUUUAUUUUGCAAUAAAGGACAUCUUUGGGAGCCAGUAGCAGCCAGGGGUGAGGACAAUUUAUAGCAGGAAACUGAUGGAUUGUCCUGUUCCACAUCAGAAACCCUCAAUUUUCCCCACUCUUAAAACAUAUAAUUGCUUCUUUAAACACACAAUUUGCUGCUUGGCCUUAAUGUAAGUUCAAACACAUUCUUGGGAUCAAUUAGGAUAUAUUCACAGCUUAAGGGAAGCUUUAGAAUACAACUUUUUCUUUAUGAUUUUGCCACAUAAGGUUGCAAUAUCUCAUCCAGUUUCCUAGCAUAAGCAUCACUGAACUCAAGAAUGUUUGCCUCUGAAUUGUUAUGUGUGGGGUAAAUAAAUGAGGACAUGAGAACAUGAAAAGUGGAUAUGUACAAUAAGAGGGGCUUAAUCUUUGAGGAACUGACUCUAAAUCAAAUACAGACUGAGUCUCUCUUAUCCGGAAUUCUGAAAUCCAAAAUAUUCCAAAAUUGUCCACAUGGGUGGCAGAGAUAGUGAC